AUGGACAAGAGAAACGGUAAAAGGAAGUUCCAUUCCAAGAGUAGGAAUGGAUGUUCUACCUGUAAGAAAAGAAGAGUCAAAUGUGAUGAAAACAGACCUAUUUGUAACAAAUGUAAUAAUUUGAACUUAGUAUGUGGUUAUACCAUUGAUGGUAAUAAUGGUCAAGGUGAUGACCAUAACAACAAUGAUCUCAGUGGUAAUAAAAGUGCAGAUAAUGAUUCCAACAGUGAUUCCAGUGAACCGCCAACUAAGAAACGAUCGGUUAAGAUUGAAGAAAAAGCUGAUUUGGGUAAGAUCAAUUCCCUUCUAAACGCUGGCAAUCUUAAUAACAUCAAUUUAAGUCAUCUAGUUAAUAGUUUGACAGAAUUGGGAGGUGAUUUGUCUUCAUUGGGAAAUUUAGCUAGUUUAACGAAUUUGGCUACUUUGGCUCAAUUACCUAUAGAUAUCAGUAACCUUGGAACUUUGAUUGAUUCCCAGAUGUUCGUAGGAGAUAAAGAUAAUGGUAGUGUUCCACCACCAGGGGAAUCUAUCCCUCCUGCAGGUGGAGAAAGUACUGGAGGACCUAGUCUUUCAGCUAACAUCCCCAAUGCUUUCGAUCCAGGGUUAGGAAGUUCUAACCUUAAUAUGUUAGAUCUUAGAUUGAUGUUCCAUUACACUUCAAUUGUAGCAUCCACAAUAACAGGAGCAGGUAUUAGUGAUACCAAUAUUUGGAAUUAUGAUAUUCCCAUGUUAGCUUUUGAUCAUCCUUUCUUGAUGCAUUCUAUUUUAGCAUUUAGUGCUACCCAUUUAUCAAGAACCGAAAAGGGAUUGGAUCAAUGUGUAACAUAUCAUCGUGGAGAUGCCCUCAGAUUACUAAGAGAAGCGGUGUUGAACAUUAAUAGUGAUAACACCGAUGCGCUAGUAGCCAGUGCUUUGAUACUUAUUAUGGAUUCUUUAGCUAAUGCUUCGCUACCUUCAUCAACAUCACCCAAAUCCUUACCAGCAUCAGCAUGGAUCUUCCAUGUCAAAGGGGCUGCCACUAUAUUAACUGCAGUAUGGCCAUUGACUGAAACUUCAAGAUUUUAUAAAUUCAUAUCGGUUGAUUUAGGUGAUUUAGGAGAUAUUAUCAAUCGUCGAAUCAACCUCAACAAUGAUUCUUUGAACGAUGAUGGCAAUUCUAAAUUCCUUACAGAUUUAGAAUGUCAUGAUAAUGAUAUAGCGGAUUUAUUCCCUGUAGCUAUUGAUUCACCUUAUUUAAUCACUUUAGCAUAUUUAAAUAAACUUCACAAAGAAAGAUAUAAAUCCGAUUUCAUUUUAAGAAUCUUUGCAUUCCCAGCAUUAUUGGAUAAAUCAUUCUUAUCGCUAUUGAUGAACGGAGAUAUCAAAUCUAUGAGAAUCAUGAGAUCUUAUUACAAGUUACUUCGAUCAUUUACUUCAGAGAUGAAAGAUAAAGUAUGGUUCUUAGAAGGAGUGGCCAACAUUCUUCCUGUGGAUGUUGAAGAAUAUGCUGGAGGUGCUGGUGGUAUGCACAUGAUGUUAGAUUUCCUCGGAGGUGGACCUCUGAUUGUCGACACAGAAUUAGACGAGAAAUUUGAAAGUAAAUUGGCCGAUACCGACAAUUUACCCAGUGAUAUCACUAGCGAGUUGGACGUAAUGCAAGCUGCCGAUGCUUUCAUGAAUAUGAAAUGA